UGGGAUGGACAGAUGCAGAACAAGCGCCCCCGCGCCGAGAUGAGCACGGACGGUGCGUGGCAGGCAUGGGAGGGCCGAGAGCCCUUGAAGAGGCAAAAGCAGGACUUUGGCGCUUCCUGGAUGCAUCCCCAGGAUGGCUUGGACAAGAUCGGUAAGAAGGAGAAGAAGGAGAAAAAGGAUAAAGCAGAGAAGAAGAAGACCCGAUGUGGUCGCGACCCGCCUCCACGACUGCAUGGCAACCUCUGGGAGGUGCCGCGAGAGCACAUUGGCCUGCAGCUGAUCAAGGAUCGUGCGGAUAUGUACAAUUGGCAGUAUCCCUUCUGGGAUGACUCCCGCCGAAGCUUUGCCGGACUCCUUCGUUCACCUUGGACGCCUCAACAGUGCAGCCAGUUCUACCAGAUGAUCGCCAAUGGUACCAACUGGAUCCAGCCGGUGGGUGAGAAGGGUCCUAUGCCUCGCAAGACAGCUUGGCUGGUCCAGAAGGGCUGUGAUUGCAGCUACAGCUAUGGGCCUUUUGCAGUGCCAGCUGCUGAAUAUCCUCCCUGGAUGAUCCAGCUGAUGUCCGAGGUCAUGCCCUUCUGUGGCUUCACCAAUGUUGGCGAGUGGCCUGACUGCUGUAAUUUGAACCUUUACACGGAUGGCGCUGCAACCGUUGGCUGGCACUCAGAUGAUGAGUCUCUCUUCCAAGGCCGGUACCAGGAUAUCACGAUCAUUUCCAUGUCUCUUGGUGUUCCCAGGACCUUUGAGUUACGGUACCUCUACCCGGACGAGUCGGAAGAAGCGGUGCUGCAUCGCUUCGUUCUGGGCAGCGGGGACCUCAUGACUAUGGAGGGCAUGACGCAGAAACACACGCAGCACCGAGUCCCCAAAGAGCCCGCUUUUGGAGCUCGCAUCAACCUUACCUGGCGCUGG